AUGAAGCUGACAGCAGAACAAGCAAGAAUAUACCUAAAAAACUUACCAUUUAUCUUGGUGAAAUAUGUUCCAGUAGAUGACCUCUACUAUCAACUUCUCCUGCAAAUCAUCUUAAUAGUGCAAAUUUGCUUUUCCCCAGUCGCCAGUGCUCCAGGGGUAGACGAGUUACGAGAAGCUGUAGAAUUGCAUCUCACGAAUUUCAAAGAGUUAUUUCCAACGAUAAACAUCAUACCCAAGAUGCAUUAUCUGAUUCAUAUUCCAGAUCAAAUAUUGCAUCUUGGUCCACUAGUACGACACAGCUGCAUGCGAUUCGAGGCCAGACAUGCGUAUUUCAAAGAUAUUGCUCCUCUGCAAAACUUCAAGAACAUUUGCUUGUCUUUAGCAGAACGAUAUCAACUUGAUGAUUGUGCUAAUCUUUGCAAUGACAACCCCAAUCAUCAUCCACUUUUCCAAACAGAAAAGAAACAUGGGCCAACCAAGAAGUUAGAAGGAAACGACCUAGCUUCCACAGAAUGGAUGAUGCUGGGUUACUACUUCAUCCUGAGGUGUUUACUAAUGUUUACACGACGAAAUGGAUUACGCUUCAUGGUUCAUCCUACAUACCUAGCAGAGGUUGUGUUGUUGCUGUCGAUGCAGAUUUUUCCAACAAGAUGCCCGUUUUUGGUCAGCUGGAAAAAAUUUUCUCAGUCGGUGAAGAGGUCAUUUUUGAGUACACUCCAUUGAAAACACUGGAAUUUUCAUCUCGAUUCAUGGCUUACAAAGUGGAGAAACUUUCCUAUUUUGAACCCACGACGUUUUGCUUGUAUCGCAGAAUGCUUGACUACAAUAUUUAUUCACCAGUGAAUGUCAACACUGGACUUUACAUCG